AUGGUUGCUCGCCUCUGGAACCACCUCCUCGACAUCUCCUCUGCGCCCAUGAGCCUCGAUGCCCUUGUUGUUGUUGCUUCUAGACCACCACGGCGCCAUCUUGGAGACCAUGGCCACGACCAAGACCUCCCGGAUCCGUCAAGACGUGCACACGGAGACCCUGGAUUCGACAAGUCCCUCACGGUGACCCUGAACAGCUAUGAUACAUGCACGACUUCGAACCGUGUACCACGUCGAACAUUUACGGCUACACAACGAACCGCCAAGACCCUGAAUGACUACCGCCGCCGAAGUCCGCGAGUACCACUACGUUUGCCAUGUACAUCUACACCAAGACCAGACCGACAAGUACCGCGAGAACGUUUGUACCUCUACCAUCGCCAUGGAUCCGACAAGUACCCCUACAACAAGUGUACCUCUACCGUCGUCUUGGGAAUCGCUAAGAACGUCAAGUACCCCUUCGAGAUGAUGAGACCGACAAGUUCGAAUGACCCCAAGUACCUCUUCAAAAUGACCGAGUACCAUUACUGUCGGACGCUUGAACGACUACAGGCCGAAACAUCAAGUUCCUCGAUGAACCAUGUACGUCUAUCGUUUCUCGUGGAUUCACCUAAGUACCACGAGAUGGAUGACCCUACAAGUUCAACUACAGUUGCCGUGUAUGACUGUCGUCGCCACGAGAACGACUACUUCCCACAACGAACCAUGAACAACUACUUCCUCUACCAUCGCCGAGUACCACUACUUCCCACGAUGAUCGUGAACGACUACACUGCUUGA